AUGCCUAGCAUUGAAAGAAAAGACAAUCUCAAUCUAUCCACUUCCAAUGAGCAAAUUGAUCCCAUCCAACUAGCCCGAAUAAAGUCCCGGUACGAGGAAGAAAGAAAAAAACGCCUCCGCGACGAUGGAAACGCACAGUUCAUCGAAAUCGCAAAGUCAGCUCAGUAUGAGCGUUUUGCAGAUGAUCCGUGGGCUGAAGCGACAUCAAUCCAGCCCCUUCAAGCCAGAUUUCCCGAGAAGCAAAGCGAAAUACUCAUCAUCGGUGCCGGUUGGGGCGGAAUACAGUGUGCUGUCCGCAUGGUCGAGGCUGGUAUACCAGCCAAAGAUAUUCGCAUUAUCGACCCAGCUGGCGGCUUUGGUGGCACCUGGUACUGGAACCGAUACCCGGGGCUUAUGUGUGACAUUGAGAGCUAUACAUAUCUCCCAUAUCUGGAGGAGACGGGAUACGUACCCAAGCACCGGUAUUCGCAAGGCGAAGAGAUCCGGGAGUAUGCCAAUCUUGUUGUGCAGAAAUGGGGAUUAGUAGACUGUGCUGUUUUUCAAACCCAGGCAGAGAAAAUUAUUUGGGACGAUGACGCCAAAGAAUGGUCGGUCAGUCUAAUCCAGCGUCGCAAGGGCCAAUCUUCAGAGGCUCUCCAGAUUCGCUCCAAGUUUGUCACUAUUGCUGCUGGUGUCCUCAAUUGGCCCAAGUUGCCAAACGUCCCGGGCAUUUUGGACUUCCAAGGUGACAUGUUUCAUUCUGCUCGUUGGGCAUACGAUGUCACUGGUGGGUCACCCAAAGAUCCUUUGCUUGACAAGUUGAAGGACAAGAGGGUCAUGGUCAUCGGCACGGGAGCGACGGCGGUGCAAGUUGUUCCGCAGCUCGCAAAAUGGUGUAAGCACCUCUACGUCGUACAGCGAACGCCAGCCUCAGUAGACGUUCGUGAUCAGCGAGAGACUGACGAAGAAUGGUUCCAUAAAGAGGUUGCACGAUCAAAAGGAUGGCAACGAGAGCGAAUGCAGAAUUUUCACCAGCAUUUCACUCUUGGAGAGAUGCCAGCAGUCAACCUGGUUAACGAUGGAUGGACCCGCGCCCCUGGCUUAGUUGGUAUAACUGGGUACACAGAGGGACCCAAAUCACCCGAAGAAGUCCCGGCGUACACGGCGAGAUUGACUGAGAUUGACGCUCCUCGUCAAAGCCGCAUCCAUGCUCGCGUGGAAAAGGAGGUGAAGGAUCCUGCCACCGCAGACAAACUCAAACCUUGGUAUCCCGUAUGGUGUAAGCGUCCCUUAUUCCACGACGACUACCUCAAGACCUUCAACCAAGACAACGUGACUCUCAUCGAUACAGACGGCAAGGGCAUCGAUCGAAUGACAACAGACUCGCUGGUUAUUGGCAAAAAGUCUUAUCAGGCUGAUGUAGUCAUCUUUGCGACAGGUUUCCUGGCGCCUCCCGCUGGUACCCCAUCCGAGAAAGCAAACAUGUCAAUUAUAGGCUUGAAUGGAGUCUCCAUGAGUGAGGAAUGGCCUCGCUUCGGCCCUACAACUCUUCACGGUGCCAUCGACGCCAAAUUCCCAAAUCUUUUUCUCUGCGGGCCCCAGCAGGCCUCAUUGAGUGGAAACUAUCGGUUCGGUCUCGACGAGUACGCGAAGCACAUCUCAUAUAUAUUGACCGAGGCGAAACGUAGGGCCAAUGGUGCCCAGUUCGUUGUAGCCCCGUCCGCGGAGGCAGCAGAGAAUUGGGGCAUGCAACUUGUAAUACAUUCUGCACCAAUGGCAGUUGCAAUGGGAUGCACGCCGGGAUACUUCAAUUUAGAGGGUGAUAUUGAUCGUGUGUCACCCAACGAACAGAUGGGUUUAGCGCGGUCGGGUAUUUGGGGCUCGGGAAUCGAAGAUUGGCUUGGUAUUAUUGAAAAGUGGCGAGCUGACGGCGACAUGCAGGGUAUCUUGGUCCGUUGA